AUGAAAGAUCACGACUGUCUUGCCGCUCACUGCGAAUCACACGCUUCUCCUCUGUUGUCCUCAGGCAGACAAUAUCGCAAGAGAAUUGAGCACCCGGAAGUUUGGAGAGGGGGCGCAAGCGCACUGCACACUCGGCGGCUCCUAUUCACAGGACUCAGAGCUCCGAUCCGAGCUGCCCUCCCUUCCCCUCCCCUCGGCGGCUGCGAGCGAGUGGGGGAUGUACGAGUCCGGCUCGGUUUUGAGUUCAGUCUGCCGCCGGACGCCCUUCGAAUGGGGUGGCUCUGCUCGCGCUGCGUUCUCGUCUCGAUCCCCUCCCUCCGCUUCCUUCCUGUUCUUUCCUUCCAAUCCUUUGUCUCCUCCCUCAUCGUUCCAGUUCGUCGACAUGACAGUCCUCCGGAAUCAUAG